AUGUCUGCACCGGAAUAUUAUAUGGGCACCCAGGGCUUCGGCGGGGCCUGGACAGAGAGCAACGUGUCCGAGCUCAUUGCGCGGCUCGAGAGUGCCAACCUUAAGCACUAUGACACAGCCUCCUUGUACCCAUUGACCAAUCCGGGAGGGUCUGAGCGACUCCUAGGGAGCAUCCGAAAGCCCGAUUUUGUGAUCGACACCAAAAUCCUGUACCGGCCCGAGGCGCUUCGCAAGGAGAAGAUGGAGGAGUCCCUCCGCGGCAGUUUGAAGAACCUCGGCGUGGAGAAGGUCAACAUUCUGUAUGCGCAUGCCCCCGACAAGGUGGUUCCAAUCGCAGAACAAGCGGCCAAUUUCGACUCCCUAUACCGCGCCGGUCUUUUCACCGAGCUAGGCCUGUGCAAUUACUCGACCGCCCAAGUCAAAGAAUACAUCGAUCUCGCGACCGAGAAGGGCUAUGUCCGUCCCACCGUGUACCAGGGUCAAUACAACAUUUUCUGUCGGCAAUACGAGAAAGAGCUCUUUCCUUUCCUGAAGGCCCACGGAAUCAAGGCAGAGCAACUGGUGGGCACGCGAUUCGAGCAAUCCGAGAGCAAUGUGAUGGGUGGUCUCUACCGAAUGUGGUACGACAAGCCCGUCUUCCACGACGCUGUGCGAAAGUUGAGUGCGGCGGUCGCUGAGACCGACGUGCCCAGCUUAGCCCAGGCCUCAUUGCGCUGGCUGCUCUUCCACGCGGGCCUGGCCAGCACCGAUGCCGUCGCGAUUGGCCCCACCAAGAUUGCCCAGUUAGAGGGGUACCUCGAGGCGCGUGAAACAGGGCCUCUGCCGGCAGAGCUAGUGGCCCAAAUAGAGCAGGUGUACGAUGAGACAAUGCGGGCCGAAGCGGCUCCACUGGUGGAGGUUGGCUGGUGGUCCUAA